AUGUCUUUAUCAAAGACCCGUUUUUUCUUCUUGAAGAAUACUUCCCUGUUGAGCACAUGCAAACCAUAUUUAUCUCAGAUUUCACUCAACUUGGGUGCUUCCAAGAGAAGUAAAAUUCUUCCCACUGCAUCAACUUCCAAGAAACCCGUAGACCAGUUUCUCUUCAGCCAAAAGAAGUUGCUCGCCGAUCACCGCGGUAACAGAGGAGUCAGAAGGUUUCACACCCUUCCAUCCCGAUUUCAAAGUCAAAGUGCUGCGUUGAACCAAGGUUUUCAGGUUGCCAAAGCCCAGUCUGCAAAAACUAGUUCCAAAUGGCCUAUUAAUUCCCAUAAAAGUGUUGGCUACGUAUGUAUCGGUACCUCCAUUCUGGUAUUUGCUAUUGUUGUCGUUGGUGGGUUGACUAGACUGACCGAAUCCGGUCUUUCCAUAACGGAGUGGAAACCUAUCACUGGUUCGGUUCCCCCACUGACUGAGGAAGACUGGAAGUUGGAAUUUGAAAAAUACAAACAAAGCCCUGAGUUUCAGGAACUAAAUUCUCACAUAACAUUGGAAGAGUUCAAGUUUAUAUUUUCCAUGGAAUGGGGACAUAGAUUGUUGGGAAGGGUCAUCGGCCUGUCGUUUGUUCUUCCCACGUUUUACUUCAUUGCCCGUCGAAAGUGUUCCAAAGAUGUUGCAUUGAAACUGCUUGCAAUAUGCUCUAUGAUAGGAUUCCAAGGUUUCAUCGGCUGGUGGAUGGUGUAUUCCGGAUUGGACAAACAGCAAUUGGCUGAACGUAACUCCAAACCAACUGUGUCUCCAUAUCGCUUAACUACCCAUCUUGGAACUGCAUUUGUUAUUUACUGUUACAUGAUUUACACAGGGCUUCAAGUUUUGAAGAACUAUAAGAUCAUGAAACAGCCUGAAGCGUAUGUUCAAAUUUUCAAGCAAAUUGCGUCUCCAAAAUUGAAAACUUUCAAGAGACUCUCUUCAGUUCUAUUAGGCCUGGUGUUUAUAACUGCCAUGUCUGGUGGUCUGGUUGCCGGCUUGGAUGCUGGUCUUAUAUACAAUACUUUCCCACAUAUGGGAGAUGACAUCAUUCCAUCUUCAAAUGAGUUAAUGUCGCCAGUAUUUGCUAGAAAAGCCGACCAAUCAGAUUUGUUUUGGAGAAACAUGUUGGAAAAUCCAACUACUGUUCAGCUAAACCACAGAAUCUUAGCUGUUACAACAUUUUUUUCUGUAUUUGCAGUUCACAUGUACAGUCAUCGGCUGAGACCCAUCAUUCCAAAGAAUGCCUACAGAACUCUAAACGCCUGUAUGGGACUGGUGACUAUACAGGCUGCCCUCGGAAUCACAACUCUUAUUUAUUUGGUCCCUAUUGAACUAGCUACUGCCCACCAAGCUGGUGCUUUAGGGCUCCUAACUGGUAUACUGGUAUUGUUUCAGCAGUUGCGAAGACCGAAUGUGGCAAAUAUUGCUCUACUAAAACGGUCAUUACAGCAAUUGUCCAAAACGGGUGCUAAGGGUGCUUCUAAACCUUUGAAUUAA